UCGGUUACAGUUGCCAACAAGUGCAAAUUUCAAAACGAAGUGACUUGAAGCAUUCGUUAGAGUCAUUAGAAACGGCUACAGCGCAAGCGGCUCCGGCUACGGCUGCGAUUACGGUUACUGUUACGGAACUUGCAUUCUGGCACAGCUUAGGCUUGUCUGUGGGCAAGCCAAGCCACAUGCUCAUUGAAAUUUACGAUUAUGCUGCAAAAUUAUUAAACAAUAUGACCACAACAGCAACCAGCAUCAUUAAUAAUCUGGCAGGAACAGCAAGCACAGCCACAGAGCAAAGCAGCAACGGCAGUAAGUCGGACAAUCCAAAUCCCUUGUUGGCCACAAAUCUAACGGGCAGACUGCUACAGGCCACCACAGGCACCAAUAUGAAAGCACUGCUAAAUCACACGCUGGUCACAUUGGGUGUCGGCCUUAGUCAUGGCCAGCGCAUCAAGCAUCUGCCAACGAAUAACAACAGCUACAGCAGCAGCAGCAGCAGCAGCAUUAGCACCAGCAAUAACACUAGCAAUAGCAACUACAUCAGUAGCAGCAGCAGCAGCAGCAGCAACAACAGCAUGAGCGCCACAAGCAUUUCCCCCUUGGACAUGUACAACAAAGCAUUUGGCAUUAUGAGCACCAGCAGCAGUCAACCAAAUGGCAAUCUAAGCGGUUUCAUUGCCUCCUCCACUACGGCCGCCAGUUCGGUGCUUAGCAACGCCAUCACCCAAUUACCAAUAGCAGCCACUGGCAGCAGCAUUGAGUAUACAACAUCUCCAGCACAGACAAUGGCCACAUUUAUUGCAGCCGGCAACAAGAAUCGUGCUCCAACCAUUGUGGUCUAUCCAACGGUUUCUCCCGAAUCGAUUGUCAUCCCGAUCGUUUCGUGCAUCUUCGGUUUCCCCAUAUUGGCGCUGAUUGUCAUCUGUUGCCUGCGACGACGGGCCAAGUUGGCACGGGAGAGAGACAGACGACGCAAUUAUGAUAUGCAGGACCAUGCUGUCAGCCUGGUCAGAUUUAGUCCAAUUCAUAGGCUUAAUUACCGAUCGUCGCGAGCUAUCAGUUUACGUCCUGAACGAAGUCUAAGUCAAGGCUUCACCUCACUGGAGCUGGACACGGUACUCGAGGAACGCAGCGACGUAGAGCAGACCCAAACUGAAAUAUUAAAUGCCGAAUCUCCCAUGGAUACCAAUUCCUAUAAGACGUCCUUUUCCUCAAGCUAACAGUUAACAGUCCAACAGAAGCACCAAGAGCAGCAACAGCAGCAAACAUCGACACUGGUAGCGCAGCUGCUGCAGCCACGCUCAGCGCUGAUAGCAGCAACAUCCUCAUCGGCAACAGCAACAGCAACAGCAACAGCAAGCACAAGCACAAGCAAGUCCAAGUUAGCGCCACCUUUGCGCAAAGCGGGCAGCGUACGUGAAUCACACGAUACGUUAGGGCUGGCCAAGCGACGCAGUCGACUCCACGCACUACGCCACGCAAGCAGCAGCGCCAGCGGAGCAGGUAGCAGCAUACAGGCCAGCGAAGCUGCUAGUGCCUUCAACUGCCCCAAACGCGAGCGCCGCGGCGGCGGAGCAGCCUCAACACUGUCCAUGCGCAAGUCGCAUUCGUUGGACACGGCCGAAAGCUUUUCGUUAUCCAGCAUACAGUCGCCUUUGUGGGUGACCUUGACGAAUGCGCGUACCAUAGAGGAGUUGGCCCAACAGAAGCUGUAAGCUGUAAGCUGUAAGUUUGCUGCUGCAAUCCACAAAUAGCAAAUGCCACCUUGUAAAUAUUAAGCAUACGCAUUAAUUAAUAUUUAUAAAAUAAAUGCAAUGAGCUCUACUAAAUUGACCAAACAAAAAUUAGCAUACAACGCAAUGUAGUUAAAGUUGAAACUUGUAUAUGUAUGUGUACUACUCCAUGUGUAACAUUUAAAAUAAAAGCAUUUCAAUUCACUCCCCCUUGACAUGCCUGUGCUUA